GCUAAUUCUGGUGGAUGUGCUUAACCCAGGAUUAGCUAACCUGUUGCCACCAACAUACCCCUCAAAAUAGGCGUCUUCCAAUUAUAGGAACUGAACUGAAGGGUUAGCAUGCGUACGGAUGCGUCGUGGUAUUAUUAGCGGGAUAUUCACGAGCACUAGAUUGUCAACUAACGUUGCAGUUAGCCUGUUAGCAUUGGUGUAAUGAUGGAGCAAACAAACACAAUGAACUUUAAACUGAAACACUGGAUAAAAUCUCCACCUGGACGGUUUUCGUGUGGUUUCGGUCAUAGACUAACGUUAGACGCGUACUUGAGAUGAAACAUCCACAGUUUGUUUCCUUUAAUAUGAACAGAAGAGAUGUUAUUUGCUAGAAGUGGAGAAGAUGGCUCACUCUUCAGGCAGUUCUCAGGAGGGACAGACUGACAGCAAAACCAACACACACGCACAAGCAGUGCCAGAUAAAACGGACAGUUCUGCUGCUGAAAGUCCCGAAAAUCAACAUUGUUAUAAUGGACAGAGGCCAAGUUACUAUUCAGAGAUACUUCCUGAUGAAUAUAUUUCUAAUGAGAAAUAUGAUGCUUCCUGGUACCAAAGUCCGUUCACCAAAUCCGUCCAGAGGGCAGAGGCUCUGUUUCGUAACCGAUUGAACCCAAGCCUGAAGCGACUCAUGAAGCAGAAGAGCAAAGAUGGCAGCUGGGAAUCUGAAAGCGAGAGCAUCACGUCCUGUUCCUCCAGAAGUAUCCAACGUCUUGGAGAAACUCUGCAGAGCCUCAGCUCUCAGUGCCACAUUCUCUAUAAUCCUGCAGGAGGCAGACAGUUUGGCUGUAUCAGGGGUCUCUCGUCCUCAGAGGAAGAGGAGUUUUACCACCAUCCUCAGGCUGCAGCUUUUAGCCAGCAUUACUGCCAGCUACAACACCUGAUGGACCAAAGAGCCCAGCUGCUCUUCUUCCAGGAAUACGCCAGACGCACACAAGUGGCAACCUGCUUUGUUGCUCAACUGGGCUCGGUGUUAGAAAAAACUCGACUGCUUUUGCCUGACAAGGAGCAGGUGACCGAGCAGCCAAACUCCACCUGGAAUCUCAACCUUAGAGCUUUGUGUCAGGAAAUGCAGGUUCAUGUGAGCCACUGGGAUCUGCUUUGGGCCAAAGCACGCUUUGACUUUCGUCUUCGUCGUUCCCUCUUCAGCCGCAUAGAGACCCUUUCGUCCAUGCGGCGAACUCUAUGUUUGCUGGCCUUACAAGCUAUGCAGUUGCUGGAGCAAUGCAUCUACACUGCUCUUUCGGCUUUCACUGCUGCCCAGCUAGACCGUGUGCCCCGAGAUGCGUUGGUGGACCUGCUGUGUGCAGUUGAGCUGUACAACGAGAUCGUAGUGGACACAAAGAGCCAGUGUAAGACGUCUACACAGAGCUCAAAGCUCAUGUUUAACUCAGAUUGGCCCCAGAUUGGAUCUAGCACACUUCCAAAAGCAACCGGUCCUACAAUAUUCCCCGUCAAGCAGCUAAUGAUGAUUCUUGCUCAGAGUCGAGCGCAGAAAGCAGCCAAGCAACUUUACACAUGGGCUUCCCAGCAGAGUAACCUCCUGUUGGCGAAUAACUCCAAGGAAAUCAAAGCUCACGCUAAACUUAAUAGUCGACUUUUAUCAUCACCCACAAUAAACAUCCAUACAGUACAACUUGAACCUCAAGCAGCAGCUGAAGACACUCCUCAAAACCCGCUUCACAAACUUUGGUCCUCGAAUCUCCCUUUCACUUUGUUUAUCUCCCGGGACAGAGAGUGCCUCGAUACUCUCUUUCAGGUUCUAGUGACCUCAACAAAUCUCUUGGCUCCGCAUAUUCCCAAAGAGCCUCUAUUAGACAGGACUGUUGAUCUUGAGGACUCUGUUGUGAUAUGUCGUAGGGCAAGUGACGGAGAGGAGAAGCCUUCAAACAGACCCAGAAUGAGCUCCAGGGCCCACAAUGCUGCUGCAGUGGAUAUCAGAAAGUCUGACGUUUGUCUGAAGCUCUUCUCUAAUUAUAAGAACCUUCUGUGGAAGGAAUUUGGUAAAGCAGUCGUAAGACACUUUUAUUAUCAGCCAUAUAACAGCACCUUGGGAAGCAUCCACCAGUGGAAUGAUGAAAUGCUGCUACUUUUGGUCUCGUGGCUCAAACAUUCAUAUAUUGAAGACCUUAUUCCAGAGGAAUGUAAAGAAAGUUUGAGCGAUUUUUGCUUUUAUUUAUUAUCUACUGCUGCCUUCACUCAGUGGGAUGAAAUGAAGUGUUUGUCGCUGGGGUCAGGACUGAAAGAGAAAUGUGUCCCUGGAGCUAAACAGGAAAGGUGUGCUAUAAGGACCGCCACCAUGGAUCUCAUUCUUCAGCUGUUUCUGCCUCUCCAUACAGUUCUUCAGCUACUGCAACACCCAGACAUAGAGUCAGGUAACAGUGAAUCCAAGAACCUUAAGGCAAAUCAGCUGGCAUUGCUGUGUAGGUCUGUUUCCACUGUACACUCCUCUACUAUCUGGGUUAUGAGUAAAGCUUACCAGUUUCUUGCCUCUUGGUCGCUUGCUAAGUUUCUGCUGGUCACACAAGGAGAUCUAAAGGAUCUCAAGGACUCAGUUGAAAGCCUGGUUCACUUGACCCGAGCAGUCAUCAGAGACUCCUCCGUUCACCCUCUGAUAGUUCAGCAGACAGAUUCACUCUCUCAGGCACUCGCAGAGCUACAGACUUUUUCGGAUCUUGUUCUGAGGACCUUUUCCAUGGACUGCAAGAAAAUGUCAACGGAAAUCUUUGAGCAAACCAUGCCAUCAGCAAGGCACUGGAGGAUCAAUCACAAAGCUGAGUUGCCCAGCAGUCCUAGCGAUUACGCAGCGUGUGCAGUUCAGAGUGUCAUCGGCCAGGUUUUGGAGGGUGUUCAGCCUCUGUCAGAUAAUGCUCGAAUUCCUGCUCUCACUGAGGCCAUGACUGCCUUCAUGGAGGCCUGGAUGGAGCACAUCCUCAAACAGAAGAUCAAGUUCAGUAUUCAGGGAGCUCUUCAGCUGAAACAGGACUUUGACUUGAUUCGAGACUUGAUUCGUUCAGAGGAAUACAGUCUCUCAGAGGAGCUGCAUCAGAAGCUGCUGUCACUACGUGUCUUUCAUCAGGUGGAUAAUGCAAUUGUGUGCCUGCUUCAGCAACCCAUGGCAAAACCCUACCUGCCCUCUCGCGGCUGGGAGCCCUUCAGACACUGCUGUCCUAAUAGUGCACAAGUCAUGGAUCAGGCAGCAGCAGGGAGUCUGAACAAUCUGGAGAGUAUGGACAUCCAGGCAGCCUGCCAGCAGGCCCUAACCCAAGCCGAGAGCUCGCUGACCCCGGAGCUGCUCUCCUCCACCCCACAGGAGUCGUACUUGGCUGCGGCGCAGCAGGAAUGGCUGGACCUGCGGAUACACAGCGGCUCACGCUGGAAACUACCAGUGUUGCAAUGCUUCACUCGAUCUGAACCUUAGUCAAGUGACCAAAAAACAGUUAUGUCUUUGUUUACUAGCUCACCUUCAAACAUUUUUUUGUGUUGUUAUUGUUUUUUGUUAUAUUAGGUGCUAUGAAAACAUCAGACAUGUAAACAGUUCAGUUUCUUACAAGACAAUUAAAGGGAAAACUGUAGUAUUUAAAGAUAAACACUGAAUGUACACGUGUAGCACUUGCAUUUUUUUGUAUAAAAAUGUUUAUCAGAUUAAUAUUAAUGCCUUCCUGAAUAAACUGUCAAUUUUA